CAGCUGGAGGAGAUUCACCACUCAAGCCAACCCAGCAAUUUCCCGGUGCAUUUUGACCUCCAUUGUUGAUUUCUAACCAGAGGACGUGAGCAUUUUUGGUUCCCAAGGAAUGUAAAGUAGCCCCCUGGGAGCAAAGCUGUCCCUGCGGUGGGGCUGCUUGUUUAAAACAAACACCGGGCUUCAUAUAUAAGGACCAGACCAUCACCAGCACCAUCUGCACCAGGAGUCCCAGGUAACUCCGUAUCCAGCCCAGCUGAGACCAUGCUCUCCCCAGCUACCCUCUGCAGCCUGCUGCUCCUCACUGUGCUCUGGGCCAACAUGGCCAGGGCAGGCUCCAGCUUCCUAAGCCCCGAAUACCAGAAAGCCCAGCAGAGAAAGGAGUCCAAGAAGCUGCUGACCAAACCACAGCCCCGGGCUAUAGAAGGCUGGCCCCACCCAGAGGAUGAACGUCAGGCAGAAGGGGCAGAGGAUGAGCUGGAAAUCCAAUUCAAUGCCCCCUUGGACGUUGGAAUCAAGCUUUCAGGGGCUCAGUACCAGCAGCAUGGACGGGCCCUGGGGAAGUUCCUUCAGGACAUCCUUUGGGAAGAGGCCAAGGAGGCCCAGGCUGACCAGUGAUCAUCCCCAAGGCCGACCCCACCUCUGGUUUCCACCUCACCUUGGCAGCAAUUAGCUUGCUUGUAAUGCUUUUGUGACCAACGUCCUACAAUGUUGCACUAGCUUAGGAAGGGAAUAAAUAAUCAAACUAUAUGCUAAACGUUUAAAAUAGGAAUUUAUUUCACCAAGCAGGAAAACUUCACACUUCAUUGAAAUAAAUCAAUCUUUAAAA